AUGUAUUGGCUGAUCAUUAGUGCAUUCCUGAUCAUCCAAGUAGCAGAGUUUUCCAAUCAGAAGUGAGUGGGAUCCCCAAAUACUCAAAUGAAUCGGAAAUUUACAGUAUCCGUGCACUGAAGUUCGCACACAUAUACCUCAUUCCGAUCGCUCUCAUCGUCCUCUUGAUCGCUUCGAACACGCCGGUAGGUUCUCAUUUUCUUCGAAAUGGCCCAUUUGACCUCGCAAAACCGGAACCAUUCAGGAGCAUAUGGAAGUUGUUAUGACCGUCGUCUGCUUUCUGAUUUGGUGGAUUUAUCGAAAACAUAUGGUCGCCCGUUUGUACAGCCAAGACAUGUCACGGAAAGACGUUUUGAAUAUGCGCCGGUUGAACAUCUGGUUGUCGAGCCAGGUAAAACAUAUUUUAUUAAUAAGGCGACAAACGAUGAUUUGCAGAUUUUGGCCACUCUAACGUAUCAUCUGCUGAAAUUAAUAAUAAUGUUGGCAAUCAAAUCGUCGGUGAUGGAUGACAAUCGGCAGGUUUACUACACGUUCUGGAAAGAUGAGGUUAGCAGCUAAAAUUCAGCGAACAAAGCACGCAAAAAAGAUUCAGAUGUUCAAAGGAUUGCUCGUGUUGGUCACCUACGCUAAUGCGAUUUUGUUCUCCUGGUCUACCAUCAACUUCAUAAAGUCGGAUUCUGCUUCCAAUGCUGAAACCUCAACCCUUCCGGUGUUUGUCGGUGGAAAUUUGCAGUUGGAAUCGUAUUCCCGUAGGCCCUCCGUAAUUUCCGGCCUCUCAAUGAAUAAUGUGGCACCGCUAACCCCUCGAGACCCAAAUAUGUUGCACAUUUAA